AAUGCAGUUUCUUUUGUGGCCGCACUCCCCUAGUAACUCCUUGCUUUUGAGCAUGAGACGGACUACAACCCCCAGAGGACCAAGUGGUAGCAGCGGGGCACUGUACACUUGCCGCGGCUGGGCGGCUAGUUCAAGUUGCCAUAGCUGCGAGUCUGGGGAGAGCAGAGUCGGUUGCGUCGCUGCGUCCAGUCAGUUACACCUUCUGGGUCACUGGUGGCCGCGGGAGCCGGGUGGGGCCUCGGCAAUGAUCCGGCAUUAAGGACCUGGGGUCCUCUUCUGUCUCAGGUGGUUUGGGGAAAGUGUAGGGGCAACCAAGAUCAUCCAUUUGACUAGGCCUUUUGCCCUGAACCUCAUGAAGAAAUGAUAGGAGGCAUACUUACGUGCCUAAGAAGAGCACUGAGCUCAGAGGACAGCAACACAGAGUUUUGGGGGUGUGCUUUGAUUUUUGCACCUCAAUGGCAGGAUCCUCCAACGAUUCAGACCACUUCCGCUCUCAUGACCGAUUGGGUCGAUGGGCUGCCAGUUCAAUACACAGGGAAACUCGAAAUCGACCUACUGUGGAUGUCACUGAGAAGGUCAACACUAUAACAAGUACUUUACAGGACACUAGUCGGAACCUGCGGCAAGUUGACCAGAUGCUUGGACAGUAUCAAGAAUAUAGUAAUGGACAGGCGGGGGCUAUAGAACACUUAAAAGAAAGCUUGGAGCAUUCAAUAGGCCAACUGCGGAGUCAACGGUUAUUGAGAAACUCAGGAGGGAGAAGUAUUUCUGUUACAAGUCUGAGUACAAGUGACCUCGAUGGUGGCACUGUGACAGACAGCCACCGUUUUCCACCUACCUCACCUCUGAAGGACUAUGGGGAUCAACAGGGUAUUAAACGAAAUAGGUCCAGAACUGGUGUCCGAUUUGUUCGGGAGACUGAUGACAUGGGCCAGUUUCAUGCUUUUCAUCAGUCCCUCCGAGACCUCAGCAGUGAACAAGUUCGCCUUGGAGAUGAUUUCAACCGGGAACUUGCCAGAAGAAGCCGGGCACAGAGAGAUGAAGUAACUCAGCUUGUUGGAGAUCAAAGGAGGGAUGUGGUGGAGUCAGAAUUCAAAUCUAGGCAGUCCGAUGCUGAAACAAAAAGGGCUUUGGAAGAACUGACUGAAAAACUUAAUGAAACCCAAAAACAAGAAGUGGUUUCAGAUCGGGUAGAGCGACGGCUUCAAGAAAUACAAAGAGAGAUGCGUACAGAAAGAGAGCUGGUGGAAAGACGGCAGGAUCAACUGGGACUUAUUUCUUUGCAGCUACAGGAGGCAUUGAAGAAACAAGAAGCUAAAGCAGAGGAGAAUGAGGGAGUAGUGAAAAAUAAGCUAAGACAAAGUGAAACUGAAAAGAGUAAACUUGAACAGGAAUUGGAGCUAUCUCGAAGGUUAUUGAAUCAGUCAGAAGGCAGCAGAGAAGCACUUUUGCAUCAGGUAGAAGAACUCCGUACACAACUCAUGAAAGCAGAAGGUGAUCAAAAAGGCUUAGUACAUCAAGUAUCUCAGAUUUCCAAGCAACAGUCAAACUAUCAGGACGAACAAGAAGUUGACUGGAGGUUUAGAAGAGGGGUUGAGCGGGAAAAAGAGGAUCUGGAGAAGCAGAUGUCAGAUUGGAGAGUGCAGCUGAACUUCAGUGCAAUGGCAUCUGAGUUAGAGGAAGUGAAGCGGUGCUUGGAGCGAAAAGACAAGGAGAGAGUACAUUUGGCCGCACAAGUAGAGAAUUUGACAUGUGAAUUGGAGAACAGGGAGAAACAGCAACUAGAGAUGUUGGAUGAACUGAAGGAGAUCCAGAAUCACUUUGAGACAUGUGAUGCCAGACAUAAGUGCGCUGACCUCCAGAUCUCAAAGCUGACUCAGCAUGCUGAGGAUGCAACCAAGCAGGCCGAGCAGUACCUCCUUGAGUUCCAGCAGUCGGAGGCCCUGAGACAGGUGGCAGAGGAGAAGAGAGAAGAGCUGAAGCUGAAAGCUCAGGAGUCCAUUAGGCAGUGGAAGCUUAAGCAUAAGAAGUUAGAGCGAGCGCUGGAGAAACAAUCUGAAACUCUUGAUCAACUGACAGACAAGAAUAAUCAGAUUCUAAAAGAAAAGGAUGAAUUGAAAAGCCAGCUUUAUGCAGCAUUACAACAAAUAGAGAAUCUUCGAAAGGAAUUGAAUGAUGUGCUAACCAGGCGCGCCCUUCAAGAGGAGGAGCUUCACUGUAAGGAGCAGAAACUAAGUGAUGUUAAGUCUCAUCAAGCUGACCUUGAACUAGAAGUCAGGGAUUCCCUGGAUACCAUCCAUAGGCUAGAAAGUGAAUUGAAAACGCAGAGUAAGAUUCAAAGCCAGAUGAAAGCUGAGAAAGCGCACCUGGAGGAAGAAAUUGCAGCGCUGAAGGAGAGCCAGGCCAAGGACCAAGCUCAGCUUCUUGAGAUGCAAGAGGCCAUCAAGGACUUGAGUGCCAUCCGGGCAGAUCUCGCCAAUAAAUUGGCGGAGGAACAGAGAGCCAGGAAAGAGAUACUUAAGAACCUCUCUGACCUCAAGACACAGGCAAAAUCCAAAGACGAAGAAACAGCUACAAUCGUUACACAGUUAAAGCUGGAAAGAGAUGUUCACCAGAGGGAGCUGGAAGAUCUCACAUUCUCAUUGCAGAGUAUGAAAACGAAACAUGAACAGAAUAUCCAGGAGCUGAUGAAGCACUUCAAGAAAGAAAAGAGUGAGGCCGAGAAUCAUAUUAGGACACUGAAGGCAGAAAGCUUAGAAGAUAAGAAUAUGGCUGAAGUCCAGCGUUCUCAGCUAGAGAAGUUGAAAUCACAGUAUGACAGGCUGACAGAGGAAUUAACUCAGAAUGAAAAUGAGAACAAAAAACUGAAGCUAAAAUACCAGUGUUUGAAGGACCAACUAGAAGAAAAGGAAAAACAUAUAAACAAUGAAGAAGAGCACUCAAGGAGGAUGGAAGAGGCCAGAUUGCAGCUCAAGGAUCAACUUCUUUGUCUGGAGACUGAACAGGAAUCCAUUCUUGGUGUGAUAGGAAAGGAAAUUGAUGCAGCUUGUAAAACCUUCUCCAGGGACUCAAUGGAGAAAUUGAAAGUUUUUUCAUCUGGUCCUGAUAUUAAUUAUGACCCACAUCGCUGGUUAGCAGAAAGCAAGACUAAACUUCAAUGGCUCUGUGAGGAACUGAGAGAGAGAGAAAACAGAGAGAAAAGUCUACGGCACCAGCUGAUGUUGUGCAGACAACAACUCGGGAACAUGACUGAAAACAAGGAGGCUGAGCUUCAGUGUCUCUUUGAACAGAUAGAAAGACAGGAGCAGCUUCUGGAAGAAAUACAUCGGGAGAAGAGAGAUCUGCUGGAGGAGACUCACAGAAAAGAUGAAGAAAUGGAAUCUCUGCAGGACCGUGUACAUGCGUUAGAAACGAGUACCCGAGUGGCCUUAGACCAUCUGGAGUCUGUGCCUGAGAAACUGAGCCUACUAGAAGAUUUCAAAGGCUUCAGAGGUUCACGCAGUUUAUCUGACAGAAUUGACGGGAGAUAUUCUAAGUACGGAGUUCACAGAGAGUCUCUUCAGCAGCGCCUGGAUGACACCAAGUACAGAAUCCCAAGCUUCAAAGAUGACAGAAACUGUGCUGAAGGUUCCCAUGCUCAUGGGUUAGAUCAGUCAUCCUCUUGGCAGGAUCACAGUUGCUUCCUGUCUAGUCCUCAAUUUUCACACUUGCACUCAUUUAUCCAAAGAACAGUUGCUCCAGAUUCACCUUCAAUCAAGGAGGAUGCCACAAGUUUACUGAUGGAUGGAACAAGUCCACAGUCCAAAAAGGAGGAAUACGAAAGCAAAAACAGCAAAAUGUAAUUAGUUGCUUUACAUGAGUGUUUUAUAAAUAAUAGCAUAUGUAUCCUUGCCACAGUUUGGCCCGGAUUAUCUAGCAGACGUAUCUGUAGCUUCUGCUCUUCAGCAUUGCCAACCAUUGACUGAAAUAACAGUGCAGUUGGUCUUUGUGGAUGAUAUAAGUUAAACCAAUCCAAAUGAUAUCAGCUCAUGAAUGACAUGCAACUAACUUAUUGGCAACUUAUACCAGCAGAGAAAGAAUAAUAUUUUUCACCUUGCAUUUUCCUUUUUCAGGUGUCGUCAGUCACAUAUUUCUGACCAAAAUUUGGAUUUAUAAUUGAGGUGUUUCAAAAAUGACUGGCUAAAAAGGAGGAAAAUGAGUACCCCUUGAGGCAGAAGUUGCCAGCACUUUAAAUUCAGGGAGUGUUUAUAUACAAUUGAUUUUAUUUUGAUGCUUUCUCCCUCAUAAAUUAUCAUGUGUUAUAACAUGUCAUGGAGAUAUGCAUAUAUAAUAUUAGGCAGUCCACUUUACAAAUGCUCAGGAUUGUUACAUCCAUCAUCUCAGCAGUCUGCUACUACGUGCAGUAUCUUAAAAUUUUUUUCCAAUCAUCCAUUUUUUAUAGCAAUAAAGAAUUUACAAAUUAUAUUUGAAUUGUAGAGCUCUAAAGAAUUCAUUCGUAGCACAAUUUAUUUAUUUGUCUCUUUGUGGCCAAAUAUCCCACUGUGACCACUCCAGUCAUAUCCUGGACCAUCUUUCGUUUACUCUGACCAAAAUCACAGCACCAAACUCCUGUGUCCAUGACAUCUACUUGCCAGGAGUUCUAGUAUAAUUUGGUACUACCUAUCUGCUUUCAGCAUCUUAGCCUUUCUCGACAUCAAAGUGUUUUUAAGAACCUAUCCCCUUUACAUGCUGAUCUACCAGUGGAGAAGGAUUUCUAUUAAAUGCUAAAUAAGAGUAAACAUCCAGGAACUAAAUCCCGCUGAGUCAUAAUGGAAAGAUUCUGAACAGAGACAAGGACAAUAAAGAGAUAUCUUUGGAAUGUGCAUUACAUUUUGUGUUUGUUAACAUCUACUCGCUUUUUAGAUUUCUCAUAUUUCAUGAAGAUGCUUCUUUUUCUACUCAAGAUACGUUUUCCUAACUUACCACAUUUGAAUGUGCAGAAGAAAUGGCAUUCUCCAUGAACUCGAACUCAAUGGUCACUACGGAAGACAGAGAUAUUUUAUUUCAAAGUUUACCAGUACAAUCUACAUAACCUCUGAUAGUACAGCCUUGCAUUUUAUCAUUUAUUCAUUCCAAAAACCUUUUACUGAGUUAUUACUAUAGGCCAGUCAUGGUGUUAAGAAGGAAAAAAGAGACAUAAGUACAGGUGUGUAUGUCCCAAAGUUUGUUUGGCACUAGGAAUUACGUGAGAAAGGAGUGAUGUGUUCAGGCUGGCUGGAGAAAUUCUGGAGUAGACACCACCAAGCAGGUUUGAUUUGUUUGUAUCUAACCUUAAGACUUGGAGCCAUUGAUGUGCUAAUGAGCACCAGAGGUUUUAGUGGGGGUGGUAUCACUCUAUGAUAAUAUCUGGGGUAUUGAAAAAUUAUGUCAGUAUUUUUUCCUUGAUGUUUUGACCAGUACCGUAAUAUUGAUAUUUUAUCUCCUUGGAUCUAAAUGACUAACUGGGAAGGAAAUAAGGGAGAAAAUUAACAGGUUUUAUUUAAAUCCUACAGAUAAUGGUUAGAUAGCUUUUCACUUAAUGUGUUGGGAAGAACUGCAUGUGGUCCAUUCUUUUUAAUAGAAACUGAUCUAAAGCAUUAUUAGCACAUCUGUGGUCAUUAAAAAAAAAAAAUUACAUCAGGCCAGUUAGGCCUGAAAAGUGAAGGUAAUUCAGAUUGUGUACUUGGCAAAUCCUUGAAAACAUGUUAGCUGAUGAUUUUAUAACAGAGAGGGAUCUUAUGAAAGACUGUUUUUAAUCUAAAAAAAAAUAAAGCAUGAUAUCAUAUUAUUGAAGGCCGCAUACUAUGGUUGGACGAAUAAAGGUGUCUGACUUUAAGUAUGGAACACACAAGAACUUCAAAGGCAAAGUUAGCUUUUUGUGAGCAACAAUUUUGUCAAAAUUCCUUGGCCCUCUGUUUAUAUGGAAUUAAAUCCAAGGACCUGCCUCCUCUGAGGAUUUUUCCUAUCUCUUGCAGUCACCAUAAGCUUGAGUUGGAAAUUAAAAGGAAUGCUAAAGAAACACUAAUAGCUUGAUUUGUACAUUUCAAAGCCAGCAACUGUUUUUCCUUUACUCACCCCUUUGGCAAGAUAAUGUGUGAUAUCAGCCCCAUUGAGUGGUUGGUCAGCCAUAUUGCUUGUAGCACUAGGACAUUGGAAGGGAUAAACCUUAUUCUUGAAAUGAUCGUGGUCCAAGACUUAAUUUGAAGAUUGACCUUUUUGGUUUAAUAAUUUUGAUUCUUCUGGCCACCUUUCUCCCUAAACAUACUAAACUUCCACUGAAGUUACUGAAGGCCACAGAGGGGAGAAACACAGCUGGGAGGAAUCUGGCUUGAUGUUUUUCCCAUUGGCUAAGGUCAUUAUUAUUUCCUUGACUAAUGUCUGAUUUGAAGGCCGGAAACCAGUUGGUUAUAUAACAUCUUAUGCCGUUUCCCAGAAUCACGAAUUUUCCUUCUUGUUAUAGUUUACAUAGUUUUACUAAUAAAGAGAUAAAAUCUAUAGCUUAACAUAAUAGUGCACAUAAGGCAUUUGGAUUUAAAGGUUAUAUGGAUAAAAAAAGCCUACCUACUUAGCUAAGAAAACAAUUAAGCCUAUUUUUCUUCGUUCUCCUCCUUUCAACUGUGGUAAAUGCAUGAGGCUCAAGUCAGAGUUAUGUAAAGCAUACUUAGAAUCACAGUGUUUAUUACAUUUUCUCUAAUCUGUAUUGAAUCUUACAGUUAAAAAAUAACUGUUUUAUGUGGGACUAAAUUCUUACAUAUAAUUAGGUGGUAUAUUUACUUAGCAAACCCUAUUUUAGGAAAGGGUAACUAUCUCAAAUUGUUUUACUCAGUAUUUGUACCGUAAGCCCAGCUACACAUCAUAUGGUGGCCAACGAUGUGAAUUAUCAUUGAGGAAGUUAUUCCUUUUCCAAGAUUCUUAUACCCCUCUUCAAACAAACUGUCCCAGUAUUUUCUCUCAAUUUAAAACAAAACAGAAAAUUUGUGAUUUUCAUGGCCUUCAAAUGAGGAAGCUGUCCUCAUGAAAGCGUCUGGUUUUCUUGGAUCAAAACUAAACCAUGGGGCAUCCUUGGUGGCGCAGUGGUUGAGAGUCCGCCUGCUGAUGCAGGUGACACGAGUUCGUGCACCGGUCCGGGAAGAUCCCACAUGCCGCGGAGCGGCUGGGCCCGUGAGCCAUGGCCGGUGAGCCUGCACGUCCGGAGCCUGUGCUCCGCAAUGGGAGCGGCCACAACAGUGAGAGGUGCGCG